CGUCAAGCGAUCGACAACUGUCAUACCAAGAGCUGCUGCACCACCACCAAUUAAAGCCAGAAACCACAACUCCCCGCCAUGAAGAGCACAUCCAGGAACUGCAUCUGCAUUUGCAUCAUCUCUCUGCUUGCCCUCGCUGGUAGUGCGCUGGGCGCCGCCAUUGCAUCGUCAUCCACACCACAGUCGACGGAGCAGCGACGCCCGCUGCGGAUAGCCCAGUGCCGGGAGCUCUGCUACCGCCAGUCACUGGCGGACCCAACCCCACCUGCCCUGUGCCGUGGCAGGCCCGACUGCUUCAUGUGCCACGACUACUGCCGCGUCCUGGCCGUGGCCCAGAUUAGCCUGGCCACCUCGAUGUGUGCGGAUCGGGUGUUCUGCAGCCAGGGAUGUCGCGUGGCCUGCGCCUACCAUCGCCUGCGCAGCUACCACCAGGAGGCGACGGCCAACACGGUGCUCAAGACAUGAGAGGUAGUACCACUGCCCCUCCCAUUUGUAAAUAGUUGUGUAUAUAUAUAUAGUCUACCAUAAGGAUCUCUGGAUCGUAUUGUCAAUAAAAAGAAAGUUAACUAAACGGAAA